GAGAGAGAACAGCGAGUCCUGCAGCCUGCAGGUGUCUCCCAGCAGAGGAAGCUGCAGAGCCCCUGGGGAUCAUGUGUGGUACCCGAGCAGAUGUUGACUUGCUCUUGGUGCUCUUGGUGAGACAGACCCUCUCUGAUCCUCUCACCGCCUGCAAGAGGACGGCCGCACUCCCGCGCCUGCAGCUGCUCCUUUAACAUACAAAGGCAGGAUUUCAAGUGAAGAGAAGAAUGGGAGUCUGGCUGCAGCGUUUCCUUCACUGCUACAACAGCAGAUUGGAAGAAGCUGAGAGUUUUGGUGCCUGGAAAACUGGAUUCUGAAUCGUGAGAGGCUUUGAAACACCACCCCCGCCCCCCAAAUAAAACAAAAACCUUUGACUUCUUCUCUCAGCAGGAGGGGGAGGGAGGGCGGAUUUACCAUGAAGACAAAUCGAAGAUGCAGAGCCCUGCUAGCAGUGAGUCUGAAUCUGAUGGCUCUCCUCUUCUCUACAACAGCUUUUAUCACGACCCACUGGUGUGAGGGCACGCAGAGGGUCCCCAAGCCGAGCUGUGGGAAAGAGAAGAAGACAAACUGCCUCAACUACAGUGGGAAUGAGACUGCCAAUGAGACGAACCAGAAUGUGGUUCAUUACAGCUGGGAGACGGGAGAUGACCGCUUCCUUUUCAGGUAUUUCCACACUGGGAUCUGGUACUCCUGUGAGGAAAAUAUCAAUGCUGCUGGUGAAAGAUGUCGAAGUUUUAUUGACCUUGCUCCGGCUUCUGAAAAAGGUGUCCUGUGGUUGUCAGUAGUAUCUGAGGUGUUAUACAUCAUGCUGUUAGUCGUCGGAUUCAGCCUUAUGUGCCUCGAGCUCUUUCAUUCAAGCAGUGUAAUAGAUGGGCUCAAGUUAAAUGCCUUUGCUGCUGUCUUCACUGUGCUUUCAGGUCUCUUGGGGAUGGUGGCACAUAUGAUGUAUACUCAAGUGUUCCAAGUGACAGUCAGCCUCGGGCCGGAGGACUGGAGGCCGCAUUCAUGGGACUAUGGAUGGUCCUUUUGUCUGGCGUGGGGUUCUUUCACCUGCUGCAUGGCGGCCUCCGUUACUACCUUGAACUCUUACACUAAGACUGUCAUUGAGUUCAGACACAAGCGCAAAAUCUUUGAGCAGGGCUUUCGAGAAGAACAGAACUUCCUAGACCAGGAAGCCAUCAAGUACUUCAGAGAAAGGGCUUCACAACACCCAGCUCUAAAUGUCACUAGCACACAGAGGAACAGGAGUGACCAUAAUGCUCAGAAAAUAUCCCCAUUUGCUACGUCAAGCUCUUCUAGCAACAUAUCAAGCAGCUCUUCACUUUCAUCAGAACCAACCUGCCAGAUCUCCAUGGUUCAGGAUCAAGCCCAGCUGGACAUUGUUUCCAUCUCUAGGUUGGCCCCAGGAGAAUCACCAAGCCCUCAACCAUUUGAGCGAAGAAGUAAAAGCUUAGCAAUAUCAUGUUCCAGCCAACUCGGUACAAGGACUCCUCCAGCAUCUUGCCCAGCCAGCCCCAGGCUCAGUCUAACACCCAGCUCAGCCAAGCCUCAGCAAUACUCGGACUCCUCUCCAGCCAGUCCAGGGACCAAUGCUGCUUCCUUCUAUGCCCUCUGUCCUCAAACAGCUCACAGCUUGGAAGCUUCAGCAUCAGAUUACACAUUGACCCCAACCAGGAAAAGCACAAGGCCUCCAACGACUCCUGAAGAUAGUUCCCAAUCUCCUGGCUCUUCUAAAACUGGAUUAAGAACUAUAGGAAAGGGGUUUCAAUCACAUCUAGAAAAUCCUGAUCAUGAAAGGAGAUUUGUAACCACAGAGGAAUUCCAAGCCAUGGAGAAAGAACUAGAAGAUGUAAAAGACGAACUGAAAUGCUUGAAGUGGAAAGUGAGACACAUUGGUGAGACUGUGCAGCCCCUGGCAGAAGACAGCAAGCGCUACAACGGCUACACCCUGACAGAGCUCAAGGCAAUGGUGCAGUCUGAGGAAGAUCCUUACAAAGCUGCACACAAAAUCCUGACUGCACUCUUCAGCGAUGUGUAUUUGCUGCAGCACUCGGUCACCGAACAGACAAGCAACGCCAGAUCUCUGCCCAGGCCCAAAAUAGACCCAGAGUUGUACACAGUGUAUUGUGACAUUCUGAAAAGCAUAUUCCCUGGAAUUAGCAGCCAAACCUUGAGGGAACAGACGCAACACAUGCAGAAAAGCACCUAGAAAGAAGUGCAAUAACAUCAGAGUCCACAAAACUUUCUGCAAAGUAAGAAGUCCCUUACGACUUUGGAGCACUGGACUGUGGUGUGUACUGCUGGUUGAGUCCCACCCUUCUAGGAACGAAUCAUCUGCAACACCUUGGUGAGCUCUGAGCCCUUCACAUCACCUGAUGAGACAGGGUGGGAAGACGUUCUGCAUACUUACCACACUUUAGAGAAAAAAUGCCCCCUUAGUGUCUCUUUCUAUACGUGGAUGUCUCCUUGUUUCCAACAACUACAAAUGCUGCCAAAAGAAUUGAAACAAGGCAUUGUGUGCUCAAGCAAGGGCCUCCCCAACCCCAAACAGACCUACCAACCAACCAGCAUCUGGGUAGUUUCUAUUUUCUAGACUAUAUCAUUCAUUAAAUGACAUUACUUGUUAGAAAA